AUGGGCUACGAAUUUAAAAUCGAAUAUGAAAGGGGACAAGAGAAUAAGGUGGCAGAUGCCCUAUCUAGGAAGGGUACUGAGGAGGAGGAAGCUGCAGGAAUUAUGGCCCAGAUCACUUGUUCAUCUCCUGAUUGUGUUACUAAAUUGAAGGUCAAUUAUCAACAGUCCAAGGAAUAUUCUAAACUGUUAGAGAAAUUGAUGAACAACAAGGAGGUUCCUACAAGGGUUAAGGAGAUUGAGCAACAGCUUCAAGUAAAUUGGGAGGAAAAUUUGGAGGAGGUUCAUAUGGCAGUCUCGGAUUUGGCAAGCUGGCGGCAGCGGGAAGCGAUCCAUUUGGCACAAAUGGAAAAAUUAAAAUGGAAGGUGGAUGGGGAUCGUAAUUCCAAGUUUUUUCAUGCUUGCCUUGUUAAUAAGAGGAGAAAAAGAGUGCUUGAAAUGCAUUCAAAUGGGGUUGUGUAUGAGACACUGGAAAGCAUCCAUCAAGGGGUAGUGGAAUAUUUUUCUUCUUUCCUUCAACGGGAUCAAACGGUUGAGCCUCCUAGGCUAGAACAACUAAUUGAUUCAGUCAUAUCAGAGGAGGAAAAUGUCUCCCUUCUACAUGCUCCUUCUAUAGAGGAAGUUUUUGAGGCCUUGUCUUCCAUCCCGUCUCAAAGUGCUCUUGGUCUUGAUGGUUUUGGGUCGGGUUUCUAUAAAAGUUGCUGGGAGGUGAUUAAAGUUGAUGUGUGGAAUGCAGUUUUGGAAUUUUUUAUGUCCAAACAACUUCACAGAUUCUUCACGGCCUCCUAUUUGGUUUUAAUACCAAAGAUUAACAGGUCUCCUGCCUCGACUGAUAUCUUUGGAGCAAGGAGCUUUCAUUCCGAGAAGGAGUAUUUUUGA